ACAAAAGUUUGGUAGAGCCAGAUAAUCUUGCUGUAGAAAAUUUUGUUGAAGCUAGAAAGAACCUUGUUAAGGCAAGAAGUAUUGUUAGUACUGUAGAAGAUUCUGUUGAAGUUAGAAAGGAUCUUGUUGAGACAAAAAAUAUUGUUAAGAUAGAAGGUUUUGAGAUAGAAAGCUUUGAGAUAGAAAACUUUGAGGUAAAAAAUUUUAAGGUGGAGAACUUUGAAAUGGGAAACCUUAAGGUGAAAAAUUUUAAGACAAAAAGUCUUGAAAUAGAAAACCUUGAGGCAAGAGAUUUUGAGAUAAAGAACUUUGAUAGAUUGAGGUUGUAA